GGGGCACGGUCUGGCUCUGCUUGACAGCGGGUCAGAUGAAACAUAUGUGUCCGCCAAGCGCCGUGGGCGGAAGUCGGGACACUCGGGAAGGCACCGCGACUGCGGGAUGCCCAGGGCCAGGAGAUCCAACACAAGUCCCUGGGAAAGACAGUCAAGUUGUGUGUCAAAUCAACGGAUGGGACGCACAUCAACGUGAAAGUGACGUUCCUGAUUGGUCCAGUCAGACAACCAAUCUUAUCCCUGGGAAAGCUGAGUGAGUCUCUUGGAAUCAGCUUUGACUCGGGACACAAGGGAGAAGAUGGUGGAACUCCUAAGUUCACCAAGCAAGGUUGGGAAUGCCAAGUCAAGAAAGUGCAACAUUCCUACUAUGUUCCCUUCUUCCUCAAGGCGCCUGAAGCCGAGAGCUCAGUCAGCCAGGUCAGUGGAAUCAAAAUGCUUCACUUGACCGAUUCUCACGUCAAGUUCCGACAAAGGCUUGGGGUUGACCCAGAGCCCAGCAGUUCUGACUGUGAGGAAGAGGAAGAAGAGGAAAAGGAGCCCGAAGAGAAGGAACCCAGGAAGAAGAAGAAGAAACACCGAACACGGCGUCAGGAAAAUGAGUCAAGACCGGGUUCAGCCUCCGAACGGCCUCGGACGCGGCCAAGAGAGGAGUCAAAGCUUGACUCUCCCGUUGGAGGGGCCGAGCCUGCGAAGCCUGCAACAGGCAAGACCGAGCCGCUCAGGCUGGUUGAGACUGAAAGACAUGAGAGGCGGAAAACCCUCCACCUCCUAGACCGCCGAAAGAGGUCACAAAGCCUGCAAUGGAUGAGGCUGUCCAACCUCCAGAUCACGACCAAACCCAAGGGUCUGCUGACUACGGUGGACUGUCAUCAGAAGAUGACAGUGAAGAGUCUAACCUCAGGUAUCGACGUGAUGACACACGGAAAAGGGACCGUGAGGACCAAGACGGCCAUGAGGAAGUCGAAGUUGAGGACCAGGAAGGCCAGAGCCAUAGCAGCAGGUGGAAACCCCGUCACAGUAUGACUGGCGAAGAAAAGCGCAAGGCGAACUAUGAAGCGUGCCAGCGAAAGAAACAAAAGCGAGAUGCCGCCAGGGCCAGUGAGCCUGCGGGUAAGUUAAAGGGGAAGCAGAAAGGAAAAGGCAAGAAUAAAGG